UAUAGCCCGUUACAUAAUAACAUAGGAAGUGAAUAGAAAAUGAUAGUUUCAUUCUCAAUACUCUACACAGGCGAUCACGCACGUGCCUAUUACCUUACAUUAUCUUUGGUGUUUAUAAAGUCAAUUUAGUAAUGGCUUUAUUUUCAAAUGGGUCAUUUAGAAAAUUGCCCUUAGAAAAAAUUAUAUCGAUUGCUAUUAAAUCGAGAAUUUUAGUAGGAACUUUAUUUGUGCAAAAAUUCCAUUCUUUGACCAUGACAAACCCCGAAGACCCAAAAAAAGCAAAUAGCAUCUACGAGUUUACUGUGAAAGAUAUAAAAGGGAAUGAUGUAUCUCUCGACAAAUAUAAAGGGCAUGUAUGUCUAAUCGUUAAUGUGGCUUCUAAAUGUGGACUGACAAAAUCAAAUUAUGAAGAGCUCAAUGAACUGUACGAAAAAUAUGGAGAUAGCAAAGGACUCCGAAUUUUAGCAUUUCCGUGCAAUCAAUUUGGCAAUCAGGAAGAUGGUAAUAAUGAUCAAAUAUGCGAAUUUGUCUCCAAGAAAAAUGUGAAAUUUGACUUAUUCGAUAAGGUGGAAGUGAAUGGCAAAAAUGCCCACCCAUUGUGGGUGUACUUGAAACACAAACAAGGAGGCACUUUAGGAGACUUCAUUAAAUGGAACUUUACGAAAUUUAUUGUGGACAAACAGGGACAAGUCGUCGAGCGACAUGGUCCAAAAACUGACCCAAAGAACAUCACCUCAUUAGUUAAAUAUUUUUGAAGCAUUCAAAAAACAUUAACGCAUUUAACAAAAAUUAAAAGUGUUCUAUUUUUAACACUUUCUCUAUGAGAUAAACUGUUAUUAGUUACUUACAAAUAUUUAUAAAUACUUUGCGUGACUCAA